CGUGCGUAAGUGCGUGCCUUUUGUAGAACCGCUGCGCGCGACUCUUCGCCGUCGUCUUUCCGUGUUCUUCCUAUGAUUCGACAGUAAAAGCCGCUAUUCGUUAAUGAGACAAAAUCGACAUAUGACACAUUAAUUCCUGGUGACUGGCAGUUAAGUGGCAGAAAAGCGAGACUCGAGAUCGUCUGUUGUGUACGCGUGCGAGCCAACUUCCUUGCGAGUGCGUGCGUGCGUUCUUGGCGUGCGUCGUACGUGUGUGUUUCAUAUUUCUGCGUCCUGCUAGGUCCAAAAAAGCGGCGAGCUAACGCCAGGAUGACCAGCGGCGAGGAGACUGACAGGAAUGUGAUGAAUGUCGAAACCGUGUACCAUGAGGUCAACUCCAGGAACGGUUGGGCGUCUUUCUAUCAGAGCAUACGUAGCGAAUGUGAAACUUUUGAAUAUACAUGCAAUGAAUCAAAAAAACCACAGAACAAAACUCUGAAUCGCUACAGGGAUGUGGCACCAUAUGAUCACACUAGGAUUAUACUCAAAAGAGGUGUAUGUGAUUACAUUCAUGCCAAUCUUAUACGGGUGGAUCAUGCUGAAAGGCAAUAUAUCCUAACGCAAGGACCUUUGCCAAAUACUAUCAGUCAUUUUUGGUUAAUGGUAUGGGAGCAAAAUAGUAGAGCUGUAUUGAUGUUAAACAAGAUAAUCGAGAAGAACCAAAUCAAAUGUCAUCAAUAUUUUCCAUUGGACGAUGUAAAAUCUACUUUAACGUUCGAAGAUGUCAGUAUAAAAGUGGAUUAUAUCAGCAAGAAAGAAUCGUCAGAUUAUACUACAAGAACGUUACGUAUAACGGAUUUGGAAAGUAACGAUAGUAGAGAAGUCUUACAUUUUCAUUAUACCACUUGGCCAGACUUUGGAGUACCACAACGUCCAACGGCCUUCUUACGUUUCUUGGCAGACGUGAGGAAAUCAGGAGCGUUAGAUCAAAAUGUUGGCCCACCCGUUGUUCAUUGUUCUGCAGGAAUAGGAAGAUCAGGAACAUUUUGUUUGGUUGAUGCAUGUCUAGUACUGAUUGAAAAAUACGGUUUAAAUGCUCUAAAUGUACGACAUGAAUUGCUGGAAAUGAGACGGUCUCGUAUGGGUCUCAUACAAACACCCGAACAACUUUGUUUUUCAUAUGCUGCCAUCAUUCAAGGAGCAAAACAAUUGCCACUCGAAAACAUGGAUAUGAACAACGAAACAACUCAUGAUGAAACAAUAACGACUUAUGACGAAAUGAAUAAUAAGAGUAACCAUCCAUUAGAAAGAGACGACGGACCUCCUCCUCUACCACCUCCUAGAGGAGAGUCUUUAACUCGUAGUAUGAUGGCAGAUCUAAGUCCGGAUAGUUCGACUGAUAAUGAUGAAGUAAGUGGACCACCUGAUAAACCUUUGCCAAGUGAACCACCGAAUCAUGUAGAAUUGUCAGAUACAAACCUAUCUACAUCUAUUUCAAAUUAUGUAUGCGAACAAAAUGCGGACGAUGGCGAAGAUCUUUCCAAUGACGCUAAGAACUCUAUUCUAACAAACAAUUCUCCGUCCAAUUCAGAGAAAGGGGAACUACGUCGGCGCAAAACGGAAAAAAAUGAACGACUAGCUACGCAAAUACGCGAGAUGAAACGUCGACGGAAGGAGAUGGAAGAAUGGCAGAAAUUCAAGAGAUCAAAAAGCGAAACUACCGAAAGCGGCGAAUCUGUGCACGAGGAAGCUGAGUCCACCAUCUAAAUUGAAAGAAAAAAAAA